AUGCCUUCCACAGCAAUAGUCGGCUCUACAGGACUUGUAGGCUCCCAUAUCCUGUCAACCCUCCUGGCCCUCCCCUCAAUCACCAACACAACGCCCAAUGGUCCUCCAAACUCACAUCCAUCUCCCCUCCCCCCACCCAUCCUCUUCUCCGCGCUCGGCACCACCAAAGCGGCAGCAGGCUCCUUUGAGAACCAGCGCAAGAUCGACUACGACCUCAACCUGGCCCUCGCCACAGCAGCCAAAUCUGCCGGCGUCAAAGUCUACGUGCUCAUCUCGGGAACAGGCGCGAACAUUAAAUCAGCCUUCCCGUAUAUAAAGAUGAAGGCGGAACUAGAGGAAGCUGUCAAGGAGCUAGGCUUCGAACAUACGGUUCUUGUGCGCCCGGGCUUGAUUACAGGGGAUAGACAGGAGAGCCGGCCGGCUGAGUUCGCGAUAAGGAAGAUUGCUGGAUGCAUGAGUUUGCUUGGGAAAUGGGCUGUGGACUUUUGGGCCCAAGACAAAGAUGUCAUUGCCAAAGCUGCUGUUAGUGCUGGACUCAAGGCACUGGAGGGUGGUGAGAGUGUGCCGAAGGUCUGGGUGCUGGAACAAUCGGAUGUUGUGAGGUUGGGACGGACGGAAUGGAAGGCUUGA